AUGCCGAGCGCGCAACCGAAGGUCCAACGGCAGGGGAUGAGCAAGGAGCUCUCGGAACCUCUACCCGAGCCAGAGACAUUCGAGGGUUUGAAGGGAAUCAGGAGUAUCGCGGGAGAUUUGGGAAGUCAACGCGUCAAGGACAAAGUCAUCAUCGUUACUGGUGCAAACUCCGAGAUAGGCAUUGGUCGUGCCAGUGCGCAUCAAUUUGCGCGUAACGGUGCUCGCGCAAUCUACGUAUGCGACUUCGCCGAUUCCCACCUCGAGACACACAAGCGCCAACUCAAUUCCCUAUAUCCCUCCACCGAGAUACAUACCCGACAAUUUGAUGCUGCAGAUGAAGCGUCAGUAAAAAAGGUCUGCCAAGAAGCUUUAGACACUUACGGCCGUCUCGAUGUCUUCUUCGCCAAUGCAGGAAUAUCAUCCGGCAAGGUGUUCUGGGAAGAGUCCACACAAGGCUUCAUGAACGUCAUGCGUACGAACGCUCUCUCCGUCUUCCUCGCUGCGAAACACGCAUCUCGCGCUAUGCUCAAAACCUCGGACCAGAAGCCAUACCCCAGCGGUAGCAUCAUUGCCACAGCGAGUGUGGCGGGCCUACGAUCCAACGCAGGCCCCACGGACUACUCAGCUUCGAAGGCUGCAGUGAUCAGCCUGAUGCAGACAUGCGCAUACCAGCUUGCCGGCUCUGGCAUAAGGUGUAACGCUGUUUGCCCUGGAUUGAUCGAGACUGGUAUGACCAGGGUGACAUACGAUGCGGCGAGGAAGAGGGGAAGCGAGAAGAAGAUUGGACAACUGAACCCGCUUCAGAGAGGAGGACAGCCAGACGAGAUCGCGAGGGCGGUGCUAUUCCUGGCCAGCGACGAGGCUAGCUACGUUAAUGCGCAAGCUUGGGCUGUGGAUGGCGGCCUGAGUGGAGGCUUACCAUUCGUACCUGGAAAACUGGCAUAG